AUGUCAGUUAUAAGGUAUAUCCUCUAUGCCAUUGCGGUUACUAUUUUAUUGAAUUUUGUCAAAGCUACCGAAAAUAACAACUUCAAAGUCGAACUUGAAACGCAGUGGAGCAAUAUUGAUUUCCUUCCCAACUUUAUCGAGGCAAUCGCUGGCUUCAAUGAAUCCUUGUAUGAACAGACAAUUGAAAACAUUUUUGGCUUAAGCGAUAAUGAUGAGGUAUUAGAAGAUGAUGCUUCAGAUCAAGAAAUAUAUUCUACCGUGGCCAAUUCACUCAGGUUAGCAGAUGAAGAUAUGGAUUUUGUUAACUUUGAUUUGGUUUACAAAAAACAUACACCACGAGUAGCCGCCCAUUACGAUCACUACUCUGAUGUUUUGGCUAAGUUUGGGGAUCGACUCAAAAGAGAAUGUGCCAAAGAUUCCUUUGGAAACACGGUGGAAACAAAAAACGGCCAAAUACAAACGUGGCUAUUAUAUAAUGACAAGAUAUAUUGUUCAGCUAAUGAUUUGUUUGCAUUACGAACAGACUCGAGUUCUAAUUCCACACUUUUAUUUGAUAGGGUUAUUGGAAAAUCAAAGAAUGCACCUUUGUUAAUUUUAUAUGGAAACCCCACUGAAGAGCUGACUAAAGAUUUCCUUAAAGUAUUGUAUCCAGAAGCAAAGGCUGGGAAAUUGAAGUUUGUGUGGAGGUAUAUUCCACUGGCAACUAAAAAAUUGGAUUCGAUUCCCGGAUUCGGUGUAACAUUGAAAAUGGAGAAUUAUGAUUAUUCUUAUUCAGAAGCAAAUCCAAAAUACGAUUUGAGUAGAGAUUUCACCAAAAUUAACGAAUCGCAAGAGUUGGUCCUGGUCAAUGAAAAACAUUUGUAUGAACUAGGCGUUAAAUUGACCUCCUUUAUUUUAUCCAAUCGCUACAAGACUGCAAAAUACGACCUUUUAAAUACCAUUUUAACCAACUUUCCCAAGUUUAUUCCUUAUAUUGCACGGCUGCCAAAAUUACUAAAUCAUGAAAAAGUUAAAUCAAAAGUGCUUGGAAAUGAAGAUAUAGGAUUAUCACAAGAUUCUUAUGGGAUCUAUAUCAAUGGAUCUCCAAUUCAUCCACUAGAAUUAGAUAUCUACAAUUUAGGUAGCAGGAUAAAGGAGGAAUUACAGACAGUAAAAGAUUUAGUGAAACUUGGUUUUGAUGUUGUACAAGCAAAGCUCUUGAUAGCAAAAUUUGCUCUACUUUCAGCAGUUAAACAAACGCAAUUUCGAAAUGGGAAUACAUUGAUGGGCAACAAUGAGAAUAGAUUUAAAGUGUACGAAAACGAAUUUAAAAAGGGCAGCUCGGAGAAGGGUGGAGUUUUGUUUUUUAACAAUGUUGAAUCAGACAACACAUUCAAGGAGUACACCACUAAUCGUGAGGAGGCUUAUUUAGGAGUUGGGUCUUAUAAACUCAAACCAAAUCAAAUACCAUUGUUGAAAGAGAACGUUCAUGAUUUAAUUUUUGCUUUGAACUUUGGAAACAAACAUCAAUUGCGUGUGUUUUUCACUUUGUCUAAGGUGAUUUUGGACUCAGGUAUACCUCAACAGGUUGGAGUUUUACCUGUUAUAGGGGACGACCCAAUGGAUGAAAUGCUUGCCAAAAAGUUUUAUUGGAUUGCUGAGAAAUCAAGCACACAAGAGGCAUUAGCAAUCUUGUAUAAGUAUUUUGAAUCAGAUGGUCCAGAUGAAGCUGCUGAUUUAUUAGAUAAAGUGGAAGUACCUGAGGAUUUUAAGGUAGAUUACGAUCAUGUGUUAAACAAGUUUUCUAUAGCUACUGCUUCAGUUAUCUUCAAUGGGGUUAUCUACGACUUAAGGGCACCAAACUGGCAGAUUGCUAUGAGCAAACAAAUAUCCCAAGACAUUUCACUUAUUAAAACUUUCUUGAGACAGGGGCCCAUAGAGGGUAAAUUGAAAGAUCUUCUUUAUUCCAAUGCAAAGUCAGAACGGAAUUUGCGUAUCAUUCCGUUGGAGCCUAGUGACAUCAUAUACAAGAAAAUUGACAAGGAAUUAAUAAACAAUUCAAUUGCUUUCAAAAAGUUAGAUAAAGAGCAGGGUGUGUCGGGAACAUUUUGGUUAGUGUCUGAUUUUGCAAGACCAGAAAUGAUUACUCAAUUGAUAGAUUUGUUACUGCUUCUCAAAAGGAAAUCAAUUCAAGUGAGAGUUAUUAAUACCGGGGAUGCGGAUUUUUCUGAAAAAUUGGAAACUGAUUUUAAAUUGACAACAUUAACAAACGGACAAAUUGAUGAAAUUAUUGAGAUUUUGGAAGAUUCUAACAUUUCGAAAGCGCCCAAUGAUGGAUUGAGAGAAUUGCUUGUGACUAAGCAACUACCUGCUCAUCAUUCUUUUUUGUUAUUCAAUUCUAGAUAUUUUAGAUUGGAUACAGCUUUUGAGUACGAGGAAUUGGAUCAAAUAAUAGAGUUUGAAAUAUCUCAAAGAUUGAACCUAAUCCCAGAUGUCAUAGAGGCAUAUCCGGAUGAGUUUAUGUCAAAAAAGGUUAGUGAUUUUAAUCUGAUGUUGUCCGGUUUAGACAAUAUGGACUGGUUUGAUUUGAUGACUUCCAUUGUGACAAAAUCAUUUCACGUUGACGACAAAAGAUUUAUUGUUGAUGUUAGUAGAUUUGAUUUCAGCUCAUUGGAUUUUUCGAAUUCGAUUGAUGUAAAAACUUACAAAGAAAAUAAUCCGGUUGAUGUAUUAAUAAUUUUGAACCCCAUGGACGAAUAUUCUCAAAGAUUGUUAAGCAUUGUGAGUAGUAUUACACAAUUUCUGUUUUUGAACAUCAGAAUCCUCCUUCAACCAAGAGUGGAUCUGAAAGAGGAGAUCAAAAUUCACAAGUUUUAUCGCGGUGUGUAUCCCCAUGCAAAGCCCAAGUUUGACUCUAAUGGCAAAUGGAUCCAGCAUUAUUCAUCACAAUUUGAAAGUAUUCCAUCCGAUGUGACAUAUUCUACUGAAUUAGAUGUACCGCACAAGUGGAUAAUUGUUCCUCAAAUGAGCUCAAUAGAUUUGAACAACAUUUAUUUCAACAAUCACCACUCGGUUAACAUCAAAUACUCCCUAAAGAACAUCUUAAUUGAAGGAUAUGCUAGAGAUAUUCGUACUGGGAAAGCUCCUGAUGGCUUAAUCUUCAGAGCUUUUAAUAAAAACUACUCAACUGAUACUUCAGUAAUGACUUCCUUGGACUAUUUCCAAAUUAAAGCAUACCCUAGUAUUUUCAACUUUAGUACUACCUCAAAUUAUACGUUGUUAUCAGCAUCAGAAAAUAAAUAUCAAACUAAUAUCGAGGAAUUAGAAAGCAUUGAGGUGCCAGUUUUUAAAAUUGAUGGAUCGACCAUAUAUCCAAGGGUAAAGAAAUCUGACAACAAGAAGGCCAUGCCUAUGAGAAGACAUGCAGAAAUAAAUAUUUUUACGAUUGCAGGUGGCCAACUUUAUGAAAAGUUGACUAGCAUUAUGAUUGCGUCAGUAAGAAAACAUAAUCAUAGGCUGACAAUAAAAUUCUGGAUAUUGGAAGAUUUCGUUUCUCCGCAGUUCAAACACUUAAUGAAGCUUAUUUCAAUAAAAUAUAAUGUUGAGUAUGAGUUUAUUAGUUACAAAUGGCCCAAUUUCUUGAGAAGACAAAAAUCUAAAGAAAGAAUAAUUUGGGGGUAUAAGAUAUUGUUUCUAGAUGUCUUGUUCCCACAAGAUCUUGAUAAAAUUAUAUUCAUUGACGCUGAUCAAAUAUGUAGGGCCGAUUUGACAGAAUUGAUUAACAUGGAUCUUGAAGGUGCCCCAUACGGAUUUACCCCAAUGUGUGAUUCUCGUGAAGAAAUGGAAGGGUACAGAUUUUGGAAGGAAGGGUACUGGUCAGAUGUUUUGAAGGAUGAUUUAAAAUAUCAUAUUAGUGCAUUGUUUGUGGUUGAUUUGCAAAAAUUCAGAUCCAUAAAAGCCGGAGACAGAUUGAGAGCACAUUAUCAAAAGCUUUCAAGUGAUCCAAAUUCGUUGAGCAACUUAGAUCAAGACUUGCCCAAUAAUAUGCAAAGACUGAUUAAAAUAUUUAGUUUGCCUCAAAGCUGGCUCUGGUGUGAAACAUGGUGCUCAGAUAAAAGCUUGAAAGACGCAAAAAUGAUUGAUCUUUGCAACAAUCCGUUAACUAAAGAAAAUAAGCUAGAUACUGCUAAAAGAUUAAUUCCUGAAUGGACUGGGUACGAGCAAGAAAUUGAAUCUUUGGUGUCAUUAGUGCAGAAUGAUUCCGCCAAAGAAGUUUCUGAAGAAAUCGAGAGUGAUGUCGAGAAAGAGGUUGAUCAUCUGGACAAAAAUGAAGAAGAAGAAGAAGAUGAUGAUGGCGAUGAUUACUUUCACGAUGAGUUAUAG